AUGGACUCUGCCACUAGCAGGAAGACUGCGGAAGAGCUGAAACAGGCAGAAAUCAGGAAACAAAUCGCCUUGCUCCAAGCCCAGCUCAGCAACGACAGCACGUCGGAAACGGCAUUGGCCCACCAGCUGCCUUCAUCUCCGAAACGAAAGCGACCAAGCACCAGCGUCCUAGUUCCUGAAACACCUUCUAAGAAGAAGAAAGUUGCCAGGCAUGAGUCCGAGAGGCAAAGACUCGAGAAGGCCACACCGGUGGCUAUCCCAUCCUCCGGGAGAGCCGCCCCCGGCUCAUUGCCCAAGGCAGGACCGUCGUUCCCAUUGCCACGAGACAGGACGUCUGCGGCUCCUACCCCGUCUUCGAGUGUCUUGCAGAGGCUUGCCAAGGCCCACAAACAGAAGAACGCUUCUUCUGAGCAAGAGGUUGUUGCCACCCGUUCCGCUGCAUUCUCUGCACGACCUCCUCCGCCAGCUCCCGGUGAUAAUCCGACACGAAGAGAAGAGGAUAUGACCGUCAUCGAAGAUCUUCCUCUUGGGCCUGCCGAACACAAGCCUCCUUUCGACGAUCCACACUUUGAGAGACUGGAGCCUAAUUCUGGCAUACGCCUAUCAUCACGCGUGCUACCUCAUGCAGACUUUCAGGACCACCUUCGAGGACGGUACUAUCUAUCGCCUUCCAAGCUAUACUCAGUCGUCCGCCUGCUCCCAAACAAGCAGGGUUACGACGUCCCCGUGUCGGGUGACUGGGUCACCAUUGCAGUUGUCGCCGAACGCGGCAAGAUGAAGUACACCCAGGCACCGCCCGUCGGCGUCACCCACGACGACAAGCUGAAGCAAGACGGCGACCAGGACAAGAUGGACGAACUCCCGUCUCUCGACACGCCUUCUGCACAGGCUGGGUCGUCUCGCCCGCCCCCAUACCAGAAACGUCAGAAGCGGCCAGAGGAGGGUGGGAAGCAGGGCGGGAAGAAAGACGCGCAGGCGAAGGCAGUGCGGAAGGUGGCGGCGGCGGAUACAGACAAAGCACUGGAGAAGUUGCUAGCUCGAGACAAGGAGGGAACGAGGGCGCUGAGCGCUGCGCGGGAAUUCUCGAAACGGAGGGCGGAGGGGUUGGAGCAAGCGAGUAAGGGCAAGGCAAAAGCGGGGACAAGGGCACAAGGGUCGGGAAAGACGGCGGCGAAGAACGAGUCUGAGCGGAAUACCGCAAAGACAGACGAAGACGGUGAUAGACGAAAGAGCGCAUAUUCGGCGGGGCUGAUCAGGCAGCUUGGGUUUGACCCCACUGCUAAGGACGGAAGGGGUGCGAGGCAUGUGGGCGCGCAAAGCAAGCUCAAUGCUCUAUCGCAGCUGGAAGCCCUUGCUGCUCUGACGGCGAACCGCAAAAUCGAGCUUGGACCGCAUCCCGGUAAGAGGCAGUCCUGUGUUCGACAGCCGGAGGCUCCGCCUGCCGAGACAAUGGACCCCCCUCCGCCUGCAGCUGAUGAUGGUGCUCUGGACUACGCAGAAGAUGUGGGCACCCCUUUAGCGUUCCCAGACAGUGACGACGAGCUCGAAGGGGAAGAGAGGAAGGCGUUUGGAAGGGCUAUCGGAUCGUCAGAAGGACGUAUGAUUGAUCUAGACGAGAGCGACGACGAGUGA